GAAAGGGCGGGGCGUUUGUAUUCAACGAUCUCAGCACGUUGGGAAAGUGUUUGUUUUGUCAAGAAUUUCACUGAGUUUUUAGCACUAUUAGACGGAUUUUCUCUUGCUGACGAAAAUGCCGACUUUUAACGGAAAGGCAGACGUUAUAUUCGAAGAUGAUGAUUUGCCUUAUGAAGAAGAAAUCAUCAGGAAUCCAUAUUCAGUAAAGUGUUGGAUGCGAUAUAUUGAGCACAAGCAAAAUGCUCAGAAAUCAGUGCUCAAUAUGAUCUAUGAAAGAGCUUUAAAAGAGCUGCCUGGCAGUUACAAGUUGUGGUACAACUACCUGAGAGAGAGGAGGAAACAGGUGAAAGGCAAGUGUGUCACAGAUCCAACAUAUGAGGAGGUGAACAACUGUCAUGAAAGAGCACUUGUGUUUAUGCACAAGAUGCCGAGGAUAUGGAUCGACUACUGUCAGUUCAUGGUGUCUCAAUGCAAAAUUACACGGAGCAGACGGACGUUCGAUCGGGCGUUACGAGCGCUGCCCGUUACCCAGCAUCCUCGCAUCUGGCCCUUGUAUCUUCGCUAUGGCCGUAACUUGCCUCUCCCAGAAACAGCUAUUCGUGUUUUCCGUCGUUACCUAAAGUUGUCUCCUGAGAAUGCAGAGGAAUACAUUGAUUACCUGCGUUCAGUUGGACGUCUGGAUGAAGCUGCGCUCCGACUGGCCGCUGUGGUCAAUGAUGAAAACUUUGUUUCUAAAGAGGGAAAGUCCAAUUAUCAGCUUUGGCACGAGCUCUGUGACCUCAUCUCACAAAACCCGGACAAGGUGACCUCACUAAACGUGGGAGCGAUUAUCCGAGGAGGUCUCACCCGCUUUACCGACCAGCUUGGCAGACUCUGGUGUUCUCUGGCGGAUUACUACAUCCGCAGCGGACACUUUGAGAAGGCUCGAGAUGUAUAUGAGGAAGCCAUCCUAACCGUAGUCACUGUGCGAGACUUCACCCAGGUUUUCGACAGCUAUGCGCAGUUUGAAGAGAGUAUGAUCGCUGCCAAGAUGGAGACCACAUCUGAACUGGGACAAGACGAAGAUGAGGACAUUGACUUGGAGUUGCGAUUGGCCCGUUUUGAGUUGCUGAUAACUCGACGGCCGCUCUUAUUAAACAGUGUGCUGCUCCGUCAGAACCCUCACAACGUUCACGAGUGGCACAAGAGAGUCAAACUCUACGACGGCCAACCUCGACAGAUCAUCAACACAUACACAGAGGCUGUGCAAACAGUAGAUCCUGUGAAAGCCACAGGAAAGCCUCACAAUCUCUGGGUGUCCUUCGCCAGAUUCUAUGAGGAUAACGAACAGCUAGAUGACGCUCGGACUAUCUUCGAGAAGGCCACGAAGGUCAACUACAAACAGGUGGAUGAUCUUGCUGCAGUGUGGUGCGAGUAUGGAGAGAUGGAGCUGAGACAUGAGAACUAUGACCAGGCUUUGCGUAUACUAAGGAAAGCAACAGCGAUUCCCUCAAGAAAAGCAGAGUAUUUUGACGCAUCAGAACCGGUGCAGAAUCGAGUAUAUAAAUCCCUGAAAGUUUGGUCCAUGCUUGCAGAUUUGGAGGAGAGUCUUGGCACAUUCCAGUCCACAAAGGCGGUGUAUGAUCGCAUCAUUGACCUCCGCAUCGCCACACCUCAGAUCAUCAUUAACUAUGCCAUGUUUCUUGAAGAACACAACUACUUUGAAGAUAGCUUCAAGGCAUAUGAGCGUGGCAUUGCCCUCUUUAGGUGGCCUAAUGUCCAUGACAUCUGGAACACGUACCUCACUAAAUUCAUCGACCGAUAUGGAGGCAAGAAGCUGGAGAGAGCACGAGAUCUGUUUGAGCAGGCGCUGGAUAGGUGUCCUCCUAAAUACGCCAAAACGAUCUACCUGCUGUACGCUAAGCUGGAAGAGGAGUACGGUUUGGCGCGACAUGCCAUGGCUGUAUAUGAGAGAGCCACUUCGGCUGUAGAGCCACAGGAACGUCAUCAGAUGUUCAACAUCUACAUCAAACGGGCAGCAGAGAUUUAUGGAGUCACUCACACAAGAGCCAUCUAUCAGAAAGCCAUUGAGGUCCUGCCAGAUGAACACGCCAGAGACAUGUGCCUGCGCUUCGCUGACAUGGAGAGCAAACUUGGAGAGAUUGACAGAGCGAGAGCCAUCUACUCUUACUGCUCUCAGAUCUGUGAUCCCAGGUUGACCGCUCAUUUUUGGCAAAGCUGGAAGGAGUUUGAGAUUCGCCACGGUAACGAGGACACCAUCCGUGAGAUGCUGCGGAUCAAACGCAGUGUGCAGGCCACAUACAAUACACAAGUCAACUUCAUGUCCUCUCAGAUGCUCAAGGCAACCACUAAUGCUACUGGAACAGUGUCAGAUCUUGCUCCGGGGCAGAGCGGAGUGGAUGACAUGAGGCUGCUGGAGCAGAAGGCACAGCAACUGGCCGUAGAGGCCGAACAGGACAAACCCAAACCUAAAGACAAGAUCCUUUUCGUCAGAAGUGACACCUCUCGCAGUGAACUCGCCCAACUGGCCAAACAAGCUAAUCCUGAUGAGAUUGACAUUGAUGAUGAUGAUGAGGAUGCAGAGGAUGGGGAACCGGAUGAAGUCCAGUUGGAGCAGAAGUCUGUCCCCACUGCUGUCUUCGGAGGACUAAAGGAGGACUGAAUUUGUUGCAGUUCAGUAACCAAGAAACAGUGAAAAUCAUUAGCAACAUGAAUUAUGUAAAUGGUUUGCUACACUUUAGCAAUACCAAUUCAGACCACAUGGUGUCACUCUUUGCAGCAUUUGUAUGCUUUCAUUUUUUUUUUCAUGAUGACAUUGGAUGACAUUAAAAUGUUAA